GAUUCUCAGUGAACUUUUAUUAUUGCAGGGAAGAUAUGUACAACUGGAUGUUAUAUUUAAUUUUUUAUUUCUUUUUUUUUUUUUUUGGCUUAAAGUGAAUUUUUUCAUGAGAUUCAAUUGGUAUUGACAUUGUUUCAGUUGCUUGUUGCUGAUGUUUAUUAUUAUUAUUAUUAUUAUUAUUAUUAUUAUUAUUAUUAUUAUUAUUAUUAUUAUUAUUAUUAUUAUUAUUAUUAUUAUUAUUUUAGUUAGUUAUUGUUUUUGAUCUGUUUUAAACUGUAGAGCAUUUUGGUAUAAAAAACCAUUUGGAUUUAACUGAGCAAUACUGCCCUCUUGUGGAGAGAGAGAGUAGAGGCAGGAAAAGUUCACAGAUCUGGUUUGAAACUUAUGAUCUCUGCAAUGUUUUUAUUAUUAUACACAUGAAGGUUGUUGUUGAUUAAUGGUAAUAAUACAGUGGAGGUUUUCUGUAAGAUAAAAAUGUUAGCCGGUUGUGUUCAUAUCUUCCUCCUCUCUGUCAGUCGGAGGGUUUUUGUUCUCAUGCAUUCUGGAUUGGUCUGGCGUUGUCAGACGUUUCCAGAAGCCUGGGAGCAGGUGUUGCAUCUGCAGGCCGCUCAUAUAUCAAGCCCAGCAGGAGCAGCAGCUGAGCAGCGUCUGUUUUACACCAUUAGCAGCUUCAAAAUGACGGAGAUCCAGAGCACCGUCCAGCAGGCCUCAGGUAAAUCUCUGGCCUUCCGCUCGCAGAAGGAAAUGUUUGAGAAAAUGGAGGAAUCUUUUAAAAUCUGCGCGUUUUGUGAGAAACGACCUGAACAACUUUCAGAGUCACAGAGUUUGAAGCGCUGCACCAGGUGUCUAAAUGUUUAUUACUGCUGUAAAGACUGUCAGAAGGAGGAUUGGUCCAAACACAAGAAGUUCUGCCCCCAGCUGCGUUUAGCUGCGAUUGACAGAGUUGUUGAAUGGCUUCUGUACAAAGGCGACCUUCCGUUCCCCACAGAGUCGUGGUCAAAGCCGGGGUCAGAGGUGAAAACCUGGGACGACUGGCUCUCCAUGCAGGGCGACCUCUCAUCCCGCCUCAACGCCGUCGUCAGUGGAGCCAACAUGAAGGAUUUAUGGGCCGACGCCGGCCGGCCCCGACCCGGUGACGAUGACCUGAAGCAGUCGCUCUGGAGGGUCUGCAGCGAGUUCUUCUCCAGGCCCCUGACCGUGGCCCUGGGCCUCAGGCUGUUCGGCCUCAGCCCGGCCUCCCGGCCGCUCACCGUCCACCUGGUGGGGGCGGGGCCCGGCGAGACGCUGGGGGCCAAGCUGAGCGACUACGACGAGCUGAACCACGUGUUCCCUGGACACCACGGCAUCGAGGUGGUCUUGGUGGGGCCCGAGGUGGUGGACGGCCCCGUCCUGAGGCCCCCUCUUCGAGCCUUCGGCCCCAAGCAGCGGGUCUACGUCAGCGCCUACAGGGGCCUCUACCACCACUUCUGGGAGGAGCUGGUGGAGAAAGAGGAGGCGGCCAAACCGGACCUGGUGGUUGGUUUUAAUCCAGGUUUGGAUGCCAGUCAGGGUUUGGACCAGGGCUGGCUGCCAACUCUCCUGCUGCUCCGCGAUUAUGAGAUCCCCUCCAUGUUCACCACGCUGACUGAGACAGAAAUGACCUACUCUCUGCAAAUCCUGCUGGAGCUGGAGAUGGACAUGAAGGGAAGUGGAGCGAACCCGUUUGCCUCUCUGAAGCCAGAAGUUGUCGGUUCAACGCCCAACAAGCCUCCUGUCUUCUCCAACUCGCACUACUUCAGCUUUCAGGGUUUACUGGAAACAGCGGAGCUGGAGGAGCCAGAGUCGACCUGAAGGGGGCGCCAGUGGAAAAUGUUUGUCCUUUCCUUUUUAUAAAUAAAGGGUUAUUAUGUAAUGAUUAUAACUGGGGUUUUAAUAACAGAAGCACUUGAAGGCUUUAUGACUUUUAAACCAGGAGCUGCAGGAGUCAAGACAUUUGCAUUUAUUAUCUCAGUUUUAUUGCAUUCAAAUGAGGCUUAGUAAGAUUUGAAUAUAAUGAGUCUGUGAAAUACAGCUGAGUUCACUGCAAAAACACAAAGUUUUACCAAGUAUUUUAAUCUGGUGCAAAUAUCUACACUUUAAAUAAGACAAAACUAACUUACAAGUAACUUUCCAGCAAG